UCAGUUGCGUGUUGGUCGUGAGUGUGUUUGUAGCGUGUGUUCAUCCAGGCGCUCACUGUUCUGUUCUGGAUUAUAGUCUACGUACUCUCUACCUUCCACACUAUUCUGGAUUGCAUUCUCUACUUCUUCUUAACCUUCCACACUAAUCUGGAUUAUAUUCUACAACUUAACCUUCCACACUAAUCUGGAUUGUAUUCUACAACUUAACCUUCCACACUAAUCUGGAUUGUAUUCUACAACUUAACCUUCCACACUAAUCUGGAUUGUAUUCUACAACUUAACCUUCCACACUAAUCUGGAUCGUACUGUACAUCUUCUUAACCUUCCACACUAAUCCAGAGUUUGACAAGUGUUUUCACACUGCUCCAGCGCCUUCUCAGACAGUAGUCAGUCAAACUUCUUCAAGGUUAAAGGGAGAUCAAGACUUCAGUAGUGUGCGUGUAGACUCGUGCAAGGAUCGUGUUGAGGGAAAGCUGAGGUUACUAGGCUGACGCGCCACCAGCCAUGAGGAGCCUGCUGCUCAUGGUGGCGGCGGCGGCGGCGGCGGCGACGGCGGCGGCCGCGGAGGAGGAGAGAGGACAACCAGAGGAGGUUCCUCCUGACCAUCACAUGUCUCACUCUCCCCACCUCCACCCUCAUCUCCUGGAGAAGCGAGUGUUGGAGAAGCAGGUACUGGAGGAUGAGCUCACCCUUCUGGAGGAGGAACAACACCAGCCACGCCAUCACAUAACAGAGGAGUGGCAACGACCGAAAAAGGUGACUGGGGAGACGUAUCCAAUAAAAUUCAGAGGUAGAACCGACUUGCCAGAGCAGUCAGAGCGUCCAGAACCUUACCCACACCAGGACAACUCGGAGGAGAUUCUUGUUAGUUCGGGAGAGGAGCCUAGCUCUGGUGAAAUGUUUCUACACAGCAUGGAGGAAGUAUUGCCUCACAGCUGGCCGGAAGAGACUCGGUUCCAUCACCAUGUUACCGAGAGUAGCUUGGACGAGACCACAAUGCCCUUCGAUUGGACGGGAACAUCUGAAGCAGAUUUAGAACCAACAGUUGGGACUGAGCACAGUCCAAGUUUGGAGGUGAUGCAAGAACCUGUAGUCUUACCAGUUACUGAGGGUAAAAACCACGGCCAAGACCAGAUCGUCCACUAUGGUCUGCCCAAGGAACUGAUGCCCAUCCACCCUGGAGGAGGAUCAAAGUUCGAAGACCUAGAGAAGGAGAAGCUGGAGAGAGCAAAGAUGGCCCAGACAAAAGCGGAUGACGAUGGAGACAUAGAAAACGGAACUUCACACGACGCCGAGGGACUAUACAGUUCUGCUGCCUCGCUCUGCAUUUCCUCCUUAAUUUUCUCUUUCUCCUAUCUCAGAAUACUUAUUUGAACCAUCAUAAAUUGUACGUACUAGUCGCAUGAAUUUCAGAAUUAUUCCGGCAGUGUCUGCUAAAAAUAUAUGUACAUACUAGCAUAUUUAAUGUAAAUUAAUUCCUUUACAAUACGGUACUUUGAAUUACGAUGAAGAGAAUAGUGUACAGAAACUGGGAUAUUCCGAAAUUCACUCGAGUAUUUAAUCAUGCUGUUAACGUUUGUUUGAAAUAUUUUUGUCAUAUAUCCAUCAUAUAUCUUUAUUUAAGCAAAAUUCAUUGUAGAUAGUAGCAACAGUUAAAUGUUUUGGGGAUAUAAAAAGGUGACAAAUCC